UCCACAUUCGCUCAUUUUGGCAUUCUCCGGAUCGAUACCUACCGAUUACUAUCGGGAUACACCUGGAUUGUUGGAAAUGGCUGAGCCUGCUCCUUUCUCUUUCGAUGAAAACGAAGAAGAAAAGUUGCACUGAUUGCCAAAAGCACAAAGCCGACUAUUGCAAUGAGGACGCCGAUGAACACUCUUCUCUUGUCAUAACCAUUUUCGAGCCUUUCAACUUCUUGAUUACAGGGGCUAAACCCAUCUACAUUUCCACACAGAUAGGAAUUCCCAAUAAAGCUACCUCCUUUUGCACUACGGAAUUUUCCCUCAGAAGGAAUUAGACCAGACAAAUUGUUGUAUGAGAAAUCCAUUACUUGCAAGCUCACCAUCCUAGAUAGAGUUGCUGGGAUUUGACCAGAGAGUCGGUUGUGUGAAAGGUUCAGAUUCUCCAGUGCAACAAGCACUUCCAGAUUUGACGGGAUUGUACCAGAAAUUGAGUUAUUGCUAAGGUCCAAUAGAAUACUCAAUCCGUGUAUGCUUCCAAGCUGAGGGGGAAUUUCACCAGAUAGGAUGUUGUUCCUGAGAUUCAAGCUCAAUAAGCUCUCACAAUUUCCAAGCUCUCCUGGGACUUCUCCAUUCAGGUUGUUAUUCGAAAGAUCAAGAUUCUCGAGGCUUGUUAAGUUUCCAACAUUCCUAGGGAUUUGUCCAGUCAAAUUAUUCUUGCUCAAGUUGAGAGUUAGCAACUGUCGCAAGUUUCCAAGUUCUGGAGGAAUCUCCCCUAUCAAUUCAUUUGCAUCCAAGGUAAGGACAUGGAGCUGAGUCAGCUUACCUAAUUCAGGUGGAAUAUGACCGGAAAUGUUGUUCCCGGACAUUCCCAGGUUAGUGAGCUUCUUGCAUUGUCCCCAGUUUGAUUUGAGUUCACCCCCAAACUGAUUAUUGUUCAGAGACAUAAAAUCGAGAAUUGGGUGCACACCAAAUGCUUGUGAAAUGUCCCCCUGGAAUUUAUUUCCUUCAAGCCUUACUCUGUGAAGUUUUUUGCAUUUCUUGAUGCAACUAGGCAACUCCCCACUGAAUUGGUUCCCAUGAACUGUCAAAUGUUGAAGAGCAAAACCACUGCAUAGUUUAGGUGGUAGACUACCUGAAAGGUUGUUAUUUGCAAAGCUAACAUUGGUUAAAUGGGGACUCUUACUUCCAAAGGCUCUUGGAAUAUUGCCUUUGAAGUUAUUACUAUACAUAUAAAUAAUCUUCAAACUCGUGAGAUUUGAAAUGGUGACAGGUAUCUCUCCAUGCAAUCUGUUUUCACCCAAAUCAAUGAAAUUGACUGAAGUAAGCUUCCCAAUCUCAGACGGAAGGGUUCCACUGAGCUGGUUGAUCCAAAGGCCUAGAAAAUUUAGACUCGUCAGGUUUCCGAUUGUCUUUGGGAUUUGACCAGACAGGGUAUUUGCUGACAGGUCUAGUUCAACCAAAUUCUCCAAGUUUCCUAUCUCUUCUGGAAUAGUGCCUGUGAAUUGGUUUUGGUACAAGUAGAGAUUUUCAAGGUUUGUCAAGUUUGAGAUAAUUUGGGAUGGAAUAUCACCAGAAAGAAGAUUCUCUGAUAAGUCUAACAUUACCAACUUGUUCAAUGACGGCAGAGAUGAAGGUAAUGGUCCAUAGAGUGAAUUUUCUGUCAGAGACAGAUAAGUUAGAUCAGUGCAGAGACCAAGCUCUAAUGGAAUAGUUGAAUUGAGACGGUUCGUGCUUAAAUCAAGGAGUUUAAGAGCUUUGAGUUCGGAAAUAUUAGAUGGGAUUACUCCUGAAAAUUCAUUCAGAGAGAGAUCAAGAUGCUCAAGCUUCUUCAAAUUUGUGAACAAUGACACCGGGAUAGGCCCAUUCAAAUGGUUCAUAGACAAUUCAAGAUAUGUCAAGUUCCGACAACCUAGAAUGAAAUCAGGGAACCCUGAUCUUAACUGAUUUGGUGUGAAACUGAGAUGUUUAAGAACUGGAAAGCUCUUAAAUUUAGACCAGUCAGCUGGAGCCUGCAAGAAAUUUCCUCCUAGGUCCAAGAACCAUACCUAUAAAGGAUAAACACCCCACAUAAGUAAAAAUAUCAUCCACAUAAGAAAUUUAGACCAGUUAGACUCUUACUCAUCAUCAUCAUUAACCCAGUGUCGCAAAAGCUCCCACCUAUGAUGGGGAAAACCAAGCUUGACAAAUUUCCGAUGGAGGGGGGGAUUGAUCUUGUGAAGUUGUUCCCACUGAUGUUGAAAUGCUUGAGGCUUGUAAAAGAAGUGAAUUUGAGCUGUUCAAGAGUCCCAGAUAUGCCUUCAUUAGAAAGGUCGAUUUUUGAAACAGCCCCGUCAUUAUUGCAUACAAUGCCCUUCCAUUUACGAAGAUGUGUUAUGUUGGAAAGUGACCAUGAAUGGAGUGAAGAAGAUGGAGAGGAUGUGAACAGGUUGCUCUUCCAUUUGAGUAGAGCUUCUGCUUCUUCUGUUCUUGUCUCUAAUGCAGCAUAACAAGGUCAUCGUUUCCAAGAGCUUCUGCGAUGAGCCGUUGACUUGGACAAGUUUUUCCUUCAAUCUCAUUCUCUAGAUGAUAACUUUGUUUAAGAAAACCAAUUCUUGUGGAAAAUAAUGUGUUCGAAAAAUAUUACGAAGUGCUUAGUGUAAGAGAAGUCUUUGGAUAAAGU